GUUGACACGAUCGUAGGUUACGGGUUCGGCCGCCCGGCCGCGACCUUUUUCGCAGCCCUGGUGCUGAUCACCCUACGGGUUUCCUCACUGCUCUACGCAAGCGGCCUGCCUGCGCUCAUGGAGCUGGGGGCGAUUGGUCUCCUGGGUUUCCUGCUGGGAGCCACAUACUUCGCGCAUCUGAAGCCUUUCCUUCGUUCAGGAGAGAAGGCGCACUUCCAGCAUCUUCAGAAGAAUCUGUCUUUGACCGGAGCCUGCAUCAUGACGAUGGGAAGGGUGAUUCCGCAGCUUCGUUCGUGA